GGCAAGAAGCUGCGAGGUGAGUGUGAGUGUCAGCCAGUGAGGUACACCAAAGACAAGACACGCGUCUCGCCGUCUCGGCAAGUUCACAUCAACCCCAUCGUUCAUUCCUCCCGGCUCCCUCCCACUGCAAUGCACACUCCGUUCAUGGACAAGAGCCCCCAUCGCCGGGACAGCGCCGGCGGCCGCCUGAAGCAGCGCCUGGCGCAGAUCCUCACGCGCUCCUCCUGCACCACCAACACCACGUCCGUUGCAACAGCCGCCGGCGGCGCCAACUCGGGCGCGGCCUUCGUCAGCCUCGCCAGGGCCAGCGACGACUACUCCUCCCGCCAGCCGGAAGCGCCGCCUUCCCCGUACUUCUGCACACCCUGCACCUACGAGCGGCCCAAGGUCGACGGCGCCGCCGUCCACCCGCGCCGCCGCCGCCGCCGGACCCGGAGCGCGUCGCUCGUCCACAUAUCCGUAGACUGUACCGGAGGGGCAGCGGCCGCCUCGGGCCGGCGCUCCGUCCACUCCGACGCGCCGCUCCUGCAGCAUCUCUCGGUGCCGGCGAGGGACGUCAGGAGGCCGGGCAAGGGGAGGGGCAAGCCUUCCGCGGCGCGGUCCCCGUCGGCGUCGAGGCGGCACCUGUCGUCGUCGUCCUCCUCCUGGGGCCGCGCGCGGCGGCCCAGCAGGGGCACGGCCGCGCCGUACAGCUGGUCGUCGUUCUCCUCCACCGCGACGGACGACGAGGUCGCGCCGUUCAGCAGCAGCAGCGACGGGGAGGGCCGCGGCGGCGAGGAGGCCGAGACGAGGACGCUCUUCUCGUCCCUCAGUUUCUCGUCCGACUCCUCCGAGUUCUACCGCAACGCCACGAGGAAGAGCCACGGGAACACCACGGCUCGCCGCGCGCCGCGGCGCGCGUUGCCAAGAACCGGCGAGCCAGCACCGGCCGCCGACGCCUUCCAGCCGCUGGUAUCGGUGGAGACGAGGAAGCACAGGGGAUACGACGAGAGGAGGAAGGAAGAGAAGAGGGGCAACGACGUCAGAAAGCCGAUGGGCGCUGCGGCGGAGGAGAGCGGCGCGGCCAUGGCGGUGGUGAAGCGUUCGAGCAACCCGUACUUGGAUUUCCGUAGCUCGAUGGUGGAGAUGGUGGUGGAGCGGCGCAUUGGCAGCGUGGGGCAGAUGGAGGAGCUCCUGGGGUCGUACCUCUCGCUCAACUCCCUGCGCCACCACCCGGCCAUCCUCGCCGCCUUCGAGGACGUCUGGGAGGCCGUCUUCGGCGAGGAGUGAAUGACCACGACUCAGGUCAUCAUUCAGAUGGCCGAGCUUACAACGAGAUGAUCGUUACCUUGUACUGUCAGUAAUUGAGCAGAACAGAGGUUUGCAGAUGCUGGGAGCCUGGGAAUGGACGUGUUAAUGUGCAGUUUGGUCGUGGUUUGUUUGUACAUGCCAAUGCAUAAAUUGGCAUGAUCGUGCCAUCGAAAUACUAUGGUGCUCAUGUACCAAUUUGCUAGAUGAUGAUAUAGUUGAGCGCCUGUGUUCGUUUUGAGUUCGCUGAAGACUUUGAAUUUAUUUCGGCAUGUGCUGAUGCCUUGAUGAUCCCUA